AUGGCUGACCACGUCACCUCAGGAAGCCGAGCAGGGGACAGUCCGAGAGCCCGGACAGCAGAGGACCCAGAGCCGCCGUCCCGUGAGCCCAGACCCCCGGCAGAAGCGGCUCCAGGCAGCCGUCCCAGCAGCAGUCGAGGGCGCAGGCCAGUGACAGCGCCCGGCCCUGUCCCUCUCGCCCCCAGACGACUGCGUGUGAAUGUCACCAGGUCCCGGGUCACCGUGAAGCCGCAAGCCCCAGCCCCCAGUCAGCAGCCCCCCGUCAGCAGCCCCCAGUCAGCAUCCCCCAGUCAGCAGCCCCCCAGUCAGCAGCCCCCAGUCAGCAUCCCCCCAGUCAGCAGCCCCCAGUCAGCAUCCCCCCAGUCAGCAGCCCCCAGUCAGCAGUCCCCAGUCAGCAUCCCCCCAGUCAGCAGCCCCCAGUCAGCAUCCCCCCAGUCAGCAGCCCCCAGUCAGCAUCCCCCCAGUCAGCAGCCCCCAGUCAGCAUCCCCCCAGUCAGCAGCCCCCAGUCAGCAUCCCCCCAGUCAGCAGCCCCCCGUCAGCAGCCCCCCGUCAGCAGCCCCCCGUCAGCAGCCCCCAGUCAGCAGGCCCCUGUCAGCAGCCCCCAGUCAGCAGCCCCCCGUCAGCAGCCCCCAGUCAGAAGCCCCCCAGUCAGCAGCCCCCUGUCAGCAGCCCCCAGUCAGCAGCCCCCUGUCAGCAGCCCCCAGUCAGCAGCCCCCAGUCAGCAGCCCCCCAUCAGCAUCCCCCGUCAGCAGCCCCCCGUCAGCAGCCCCCCGUCAGCAGCCCCCCAUCAGCAGCCCCCCGUCAGCAGCCCCCAGUCAGCAGCCCCCCGUCAGCAGCCCCCCGUCAGCAGCCCCCCAUCAGCAGCCCCCAGUCAGCAGCCCCCCGUCAGCAGCCCCCCGUCAGCAGCCCCCAGUCAGCAGCCCCCCAGUCAGCAGCCCCCGGUCAGCAGCCCCCAGUCAGCAGCCCCCAGUCAGCAGCCCCCCCCCCAUACACUUGGUGACUGA